UAGGUUCAAUAAUAUAUAAUAGUUCAGGCUGAGUCUUCAGAAGGAGAUUUAGGAAGUUUUUCUUGAAGUGCAUAUCUUUUCCUACUUCAAGUUGCCAACAUGACCAUUGACUUAUACCAUAUGGCACCCAGUGGACCAUGCCGGGCCGUCCGCAUGGUUGCUAAGAUUAUCGGUGUAGACUUAAACCUUAAAAAUGUCGACUUAAUGGCUGGUGAGCAAAACAAACCAGAGUUCCUAAAGAUGAACCCACAACAUUGUGUACCAACAAUUGAUGACGACGGGUUUAUCUUGUGGGAAAGCCGAGCAAUCAUACAGUAUCUCGUGAACAAAUACGCUCCAGAUAGUUCUUUAUAUCCUAAGGAUCCUCGCCAGAGGGCAGUAGUUGAUAGAUUGUUGUAUUUUGAUAUGGGAACACUAUUCAAGGCCCAGGGAGAAUAUUUUUACCCACAAGUUUUCAAAGGCCAAGAUCCAGAUCCGGAAAAAGAAAGUAACUAUAAAACUGCACUGGGCUACUUGGAAGGUAAUUUGGAAAAAUCUUCCUAUGUUGCUGGAGACAAGCUAACCCUGGCUGACAUCUCUAUUGUGGCUUCUCUGUCGAUGAUGGAAGUAUUAGACUACAAAUUCAGCAGUUUUCCUAAAAUAUCUGCAUGGAUGGCUAAAGUUAAAGAAGAAAUACCUGACUAUAAAGCCAUGAACGAUGAACCUCUCCAAGGAUUCAAGGCUUGGGUGAAAUCUAAAAAGCCCCAGUAAUGAAAAUGUUCUUCCUAAAACACUGCCAUCUUACCAGAAUAAUUUAAACACUUGUUAUUCCGAUCAGUUAGAAGAAGAAAAGAAGUGCUAGUAAUAUCUCUUUAAAUAAAAUAUGCUUCAUUA